AUGCCCUAUGCGGGCAACGCACAAGCUGAACAUUCCAUGGGUUCAAGUUAUGUGGUGGUUCAAUUGGGUUCCAGGGUAGUGCGUGUCGGACAUUGUGGUGAUCCAGAACCACUUGUCACAUAUUUUUGGCCCGCAGGCGAGGCUUUCAAUGAGCGCUUGAGUACAUUUUUAUUCACCCGUUGGUUCCAGGAUCCGUUGAUGGUAGACUGCCGCCAGACACGAAUCCUCAUAGUAGAGAAUGCGCUUCUCCCAGCAUCGAUAAAAACGAUGGUGACUCGCAUCUUCCAGGAAAUGCGCGUGGUUGAAGUAAUUUUUGUUCCUGAUGCAUUAAUGUGUCUGGUUGCUGCAGGACUCAGGAACGGAUUGGUGAUUGACGUAGGAUGGGAGCAUCUGCUGGCAGUUCCAAUAUCAGACCUCCGCAUUGUGGACUGCGGUCUACAAUUCAGUAUAAAGGGUGGCCAGUGGCUGGCUGCUCAGAUAACAGCCGUUGAGCCCACUGCGCCGACCGACACCGAGGAGGUCGUUGAAAAGGUACUCGCAAAAAACUCAGAUCUCUCGGAUGGGCUACGAUUGAUACAGAAAAAGAUUGAUGAUGAACUGAUAGGGCAAAGCACCGCAGACAAUUUCGACUUAGACGAGUUUCCCAUUGUUCAUUUGGUUUCGCAUGCUUAUGACAGUUUGCCCAUAGAUGUACGGAAAGCUGUCAAGAAGCAUCUUGUGAUGUCAGGGCUAGCGUCUGGGGCUCCUGCACUCCAAGCGCGCUGUGAGGAAAUGCUGCCGGACUUCUGUUUUGUAGAUACACUGGGACCUUGGAUAGGCGGUAGUCUUUUUUUCGAGCAAUUGAUUCAAAAGAGUUUGAGGGAAGAUCGCAAACUCAAUGAGCUUGUUCCGAACGACUGGCAUGCACAAAGAUUCAAAGUUUAUAGAUGA